UGAGUCACUGAAGGCUUGGUCUGCAAGUCGGGAACUGUAGAGAGAGAGAGAGAUUCACCUAAAGAACUGAGCAGUCUGGAAAAGUUUUCGGGUGUGCAUGUGUGUGUGUUGCGCUCGUGUGUCUCUAUGCAUAAGUGUGACCGUGGCUCCCGGAGUUACCCAGAAAGGAUUAUCCCAACUCCUUCCUAGCGUUUAAAGAUGAGGGAAGUCAUCAUCAAUGGCCUUCAGGACUUCUUUUUUGAGUACGAGACUCCGCGGCAGGUCCUGGUGCGGAACAAGAGGGUGGGGAUAGUGUGCCGCCUUAUCCAGCUCGGGGUCCUAGGCUACAUCGUUGGGUGGGUGUUCAUCUAUGAGAAAGGCUACCAGAUCGAAGACUCAGCUAUAGGUUCUGUGCUGACCAAGAUGAAGGGAGUGGGCCUCACAUCUGUGGAUGGGGUGGACCGGGUGUGGGACGUGGCUGACUACGUCUUCCCUGAACAGGGGGAUGCGUCGUUUGUGGUGAUGACUAAUUACAUAAUCACCGCGGGGCAGAAACAGGACAAGUGCCCGGAGCUCAACGAUGGCAAGAAUUCCUGCAACUCGGACAAAGACUGUGAAGGGGGACAAUACAAACGUACGGGAAAUGGGUAUAUGACGGGGAAGUGUGUUAUAACAACGGGGACCUGUGAGGUGCACGCCUGGUGCCCUAUCGAAGAUGACCUCACCAUUCCAGACCCCCCACUGCUGAUGUCUGCUGAGAACUACACGCUCUUCAUCAAAAACUCUGUUACCUUUCCUCAGUUCAAAGUGGUCAGGAGCAACCUGGUUGAAGGCGUGGAUAACAGUUACAUCAAGAGAUGCUUCUACCAUGAGACAAACAGCCCUCUGUGCCCCAUCUUCAAGCUGGGAGACAUAGUGAGACUCUCAGGCUUCAAUUUCCAACAGAUAGCAAAAGAAGGUGGGGCGAUUGGCAUCCUCAUCGACUGGGUGUGUAAUCUGGAUUACAGCUUGAAACACUGCAAGCCAAAGUACUACUUUCAUGGUCUCUAUGGUAACGCAGAUGAGACGGACAAGGCCAGGGCGUCUGUGGGCUACAACUUCAGGCACGCUAAGUACUACACGGAAAACUCGACAGAGAAGAGAACACUCAUGAAAGUGUUUGGCAUCCGCUUCAAUGUCAUCGUUCGUGGACUGGCAAGAAAAUUUGAUAUCAUCCCAACACUGACAGCAAUUGGAUCAGGAGUAGGGAUCUUUGGAGUGGCAACCGUUGUAUGUGACCUUGUGCUGUUAUACGUGUUGCCCAAGAGAGAUUUCUACAAGAAUAUGAAAUUCAAAUCAACAGUCAUUGAUGAUGAAAUAAGCGGCAGUGGUUCAAAGGUGGGAGACGUUUCUAUGACCAACAUAGGCUCAAAAGACCCAGCUCCAAUAACGAUGAAGGAUUGACUGCCGACUCUUAAAUCUUCAGCUUUGCUGCCGUGACAACUGACUGCACUAAGAACACAAACACACACUGGAGUAGAUUGCUCGCACUGGGUCAGAAGUUCUCACAAACGGGCAUUACAAGCCUGUAGACUUGACACUGUACUAUAUAAAAGUCUCCCAAGAAUGAUUCCACAUCCAUGUUCAGCAGACUUUUUUUUGUAGUUUCAGUGUAAUCUUUUUUGCCCAUAGACUGUCUGGGAAUCAGUUCCUGUCCCUUGUGCUACACCACGGAUAACACAGUUUUUCACCAGCAUCAUCUUCUUGUCUUCACCGGGCUGUUUUUUAACCCUUCGAAUAAACACCAGUUUUUAAUGCGAUAUGUGGCUAACUCACUAUGCUUCUCAGUCAUCUUCUAAAGGGAGAAGGAGAGGACAUGUUGGGAUUAUUGGACCUUGUAGUACGGGUGUGCUGUAUAUGAUCAUUCAGUCUGAUAUGUCUGUUGGGUUGGGUGUAGUGUUCAAUCUGUUUAUACCAUUUCUGUUUCUGUUCAUGUGAUCAUAUGCAAAUUCUUUUUGAAUGUGUACUGUCCAUGUGUACAGUCACGGAGUACUGCCCAUGUGACUGGUACUUAUGAAAAUAAAACCACACAAGACAAAUUUGUUCUGAAAAAGGCUAUGGACAGGCCCGUCGUUGUGAUAUCUUUUAUUGUCUUUGAUUAUGUCUAAAUGUACAAAAGCAUGCAAAAAAUAGCCUCUGUAUAUAUUGGUACAUAUUUACAUUGUAACAGUUGCAUUCUCCAUAUUUUUUUCUGUGUACGUCAUGCUUUGUUUUUGUAUGUGAGAAGUGUACAUUCAGAUUAGGCAGAAGAGCACAGACAGCCAUUGAACAUACAUCUUAGACAGGCACUAAAACACAGACAGAAGGACGUCUCUAAUGGGCAUUUUGCAGAGAUGCAGACAUGACCGUGCUGUCAGGGUUACAUGCUGAACAAUCUCACUGUUGUCUCACUAAGCCCUUUAGCAGGAUAUUCACAAUUGAACUGAAACAGAUACAGCACCACCCUUCUCAUUGGAGUUAAUUAGAGACAAGAGUACCUCAGUGAUGACUGAUAUUGUCCCUGUGAAAGUUUACUGCUUACAGUAGUUACACCUGCAUUUGUUUUUGUUUGUUGGUGUUGUUGUUGGUUGUUGUUGUUUUUGUUUGUUUUUUCCUUUAGAAUGUAAGGUCCCAUUCUGCUGUUGGGAGUUAUCAGAAUGACCAUGUAAAAAGAAAAAAAAAAUGUUGAAUAAAAAUAUGCUGAAGACCGAA